CCCCCUUUUAUUCUUUCUAUAUAUUUGCAUGAUUUUCCUCCUUCUUGUUAGAUUCCACGAUAACUUCAAUUUCCUACAAUAUGUAACACUCUCGAGCAUCACAAUUUCAUGUUGAUUACUUGUUGUUGCUAUCAUUUUAGCUCUUGUUGAUGAUCUGUAUAAGUAGUUUUGAAUCCAACACGCAAUUUCGUUUCCUAUACGUUCACAAAUCAGUCGUCUAAUAUAAUAUAAAAACAUGUAAUCCGUUUUGGUUUUGGUUUGAUAUCUGAGGAGGAGAUGUGAUUUUUUAUGUUAAUUUAUUUGUUUUAUGUGGUAAAUAGAUGAUAUGCAAAGUAUAGAAACUUAUUUACAUAAAAGCAUAUAAUUUGUUUGGUGUGAUUUCUGAGAUGUGAUUUUUAUAGAUGAUCAUGGAGGAUUACGCGGUAUUGAAUCUGAACGCGUUAAAUUACAAUGGUACUCCGGCGGUUCUGUCGGAUCCAAAGUUGCUUAACGCAAUGAAUCUAGACGAAACGUUAUUAUGUCGAAACUCUGUGAAUCAUAUUCGAGAGGUGCCUGAUUGGAGCCUUAGAAGGUCUAGUCCGCCUUCUAGCUCAAACCAUGAAGGUGAGCUACAUGAGGAUUUUGCCCUUAGUGAUGUGGUUUUUAAGUACAUAAACCAGAUGCUCAUGGAAGAAAACAUAGAGGAGAAGACUUCUAUGCUUCAUGAGUCUUCUGCUCUGCAAGCUGCAGAGAAAUCGUUUUAUGACGCUCUUAUGGUAAACGAGCCUCCGUUCUCUAGUUCCCAGCCUACAGUACCUCCGUAUGAUAAUAAGGGUACUACGAUUAGGGACUACGGUUAUUUUGUCGGUGAUACAUCCGUUAGUGGUACAGGUUUUAGCUGUGAUGUUAGUGAUUACGGUUCUUCGCUUGUACCAACUGCUUUUGUAAAUCAUGAUUCACCACCCGGAUUUCAGUCGUCUUACUGCUCGUCAAGUGGUAACAGUUGUGUUACCGAUUAUUUUGCUGACUCACCUGUGAGUUUUCAAAGUGUAUCUGAUAUGCACUUUCAAAAAGGUAUUGUAGAAUCAAGUAGUUUUCCUCUCAGCAGUGAUAAAACUUUAGAUCAACUCGUGACUAAAAGUAUAGUUCCAAAGGCUGAGAAGAAACACGAAGUCGGUUCAUCCAUCACAGAAGAAUCAAGAGGAAAGAAAAACCUCUAUCCCAAAGAUCUUGAUGAAGACGGGAGAAUUUUCAAGCAAUCUGCUGUUUAUAACGACCCGACUGUGAGGUCUAAGAUGUUUGAUGAUGUGCUGCUUUGCGGUGGAGGGAAAAACCUACCACAAGGUAGUUUUGUCCACAGCGGGGUCAGUAGAGUGCAACAGAAGGGUAGCACGGGUAAAGGACGCGGUAAAAAAGGCGUGAAAAAAGAUGUGGUGGAUUUGAGAACGCUUUUAAGCCUCUGUGCACAAGCUGUUGCAGCUAAUGACCGAAGGAGUGCAGUCGAUUUACUGAAACAGAUAAGAGAACACGCUUCACCGACAGGUGAUGGUAUGCAAAGAUUGGCCCAUUACUUUUCUGGUGGGCUCGAAGCCCGAAUGGCUGGCUCGGGAACAGAAGUAUACAAAGCUCUCCUUUCCCGACAUACAUCAGCCGUAGAUAUAUUGAAAGCUUACCAUUUGUUUCUUAGUUGCUGCCCGUUUUUGAAAAUCUCCAAUUUCUUGUCUAAUAAAACCAUUUUGCAUGUCGCGGAGAAUAAGAAGAAGCUGCAUAUAAUAGAUUUUGGUAUUAUUUACGGCUUCCAAUGGCCUUGUUUUAUUCAACGUCUUUCUAAAAGGCCUGGUGGGCCCCCCGAACUUAGAAUCACCGGCAUUGAUUUCCCCUGUCCCGGUUUUAGACCGUCCGAAAGGGUUGAGGAGACCGGAAGUCGGCUAGCAAAUUACGCAGAAACUUUUAACGUUCCGUUUAAGUUCAAAGCCAUAGCUCAAACGUGGGAAACGAUAACAAUCGAUGAUCUUGAGCUUGAUAGUGAUGAAACGUUAGUUGUAAACUGUGCGUAUAGGUUUAGAUACUUGCUUGACGAGACAGUAAUGGUGGAUAGUCCGAGGAAUAAAGUUAUGAACCUUAUUAGGAAAAUUAAACCCGACAUGUUUAUUCAAGGUGUUAUUAACGGGUCUUACAACGCCCCCUUUUUUAUCACAAGGUUUAGGGAAGCUUUAUUUUUCUUCUCGUCUAUGUUUGAUAUGAUUGAUGCUAAUGCAACUCGUGAGACGCCAGAGAGAACGCUUAUCGAGAAAAACUUUUGGGGUCGUGAAGCAAUGAAUGUCAUUGCUUGUGAAGGUGGCGAGAGAAUCGAAAGACCGGAAACAUAUAAACAGUGGCAGGUUCGUAAUUUGAGAGCUGGAUUUCGCCAGCUACCGCUUAAUCGAGACAUCUUGAAGUUGGCUAAAGAGAGAGUAAAAUCAUGCUACCAUAAAGAUUUCGGGAUUGAUGAAGAUGGUCAUUGGUUGUUGCAAGGCUGGAAAGGUCGCAUUAUAUACGCGUUAUCUUCAUGGAAGCCCGUUUGAUAACAACUUAUCGAAUGCUUCUACAACUCAUGCGUCCUGAUUUGUCAAGAAGAUAUAUGGGUAUGUAAGAAGUUAGUUGCCUGCUCCUGAGUUGGCCAAACCAGCAAUACAUGGAGAUUUGACAAAUGUAGCAUCCGUGUUUGUUUCUCUGGGUUAUUGAGGGUGACAUGCUUUCGAGGGCUCAUUUAUCGGUCUAAUGGCCAACAUGGAGGAUGCAAAUCAGAGAAGCCAGAUAACAGGAAUUGAACCAAAUAUAGUCGACCGCUAACUACAGGCGCAAGGACCGAGUUACCUCAUCAACAUCUUCAAUAUUUUUAAACUUGAAUUGUUGUUUAAGAAAAAAGGGGGUUGUAUUGGUAACUAAAAUAUUGUGUACUCGUUUAAUAUUAGCUAGGUAUGUGUGUCUGGUGCAUAGUCGCAGAAUUCCCUAGAAAAGUGGCGAAUUUUGUAUUGGUACGUUCCGUACCAUACCGAAUUCGUUUUCGUAUAAUGCGGUGCAAAUUCGCUCCAUGAAUUCAGCGUUUCAUUCCAUUCAA